ACUAAACAGUUAAUUUUUAUUUUUGCUCUUCGCAAAACAUCUAAACAAUUUUUAAUAUUAAAUAUAAAACAUUCCCAUUCUAAUACCCAAUUAUAGUUGAUUUAACUUAAAUUAUUGUCUACAAAAUAAAACACCGUGAUAUAUUUUUAUUCAAUUGUGUGUUUUUUUUUCUUCAAAAAGUGGAAAACCUAUUUAAGGAUUAAAAGAAAAAAUAGAAGGAGCAGCAAGAAAAUCUUAUUGAAAUUGUCAAGAUGCAGCGCCCGUUUACUUCUGGAAGUCGACAAGCGCCUGAUCCUUUCGAUCAAUAUUUGGAAGAGAAUAAUUUCUACCGCAAACAUACGGCAAGAGAUGCAUCUUGUCUAUUUAGGACAAUUUCGGAGCAAGUGUACGAUACCCAACAAUACCAUUUGACUAUUCGGAAGAGAUGUGUCAGUUAUAUGAGGAAACAUCGAUCGUAUUUUGAGUCGCAAGUGGAGAGGGAUUUGGACGAAUAUCUUGAUGAUAUGUCAAAGCCAAAAAGUUAUGGAACUUUGAUUGAGCUGCAGGCAGCAUCAUUUGUUUUCAAACGAAAUGUACUUCUCUUUGAGCCAUAUACACUUGGAAGUCAUUUUAGCUAUCGCCCAGAAUUUACUGAUGUAUUUCGAGUUUUCUAUACUCCAGAAAGACAUUUUGAUUCUGUAUUCACCCUUGAUUAUAUCAAAGAUGUUGCUAUUUGCCAAUCGGUAUGCUAUGAAAUUCUCUACAAGGACCUGUUUAAACUUCCCGACGUAACAUUUGCUGUCGAGCAAAUGUUACAUUCGAAUUCACUUGAAACAUCAUCCUAUAGCACUGAGUGCAAUGAAGACGGCUACUGUACUAAGAUCAUCAUCGAAGAUGGGCGUUCAUUUGAUUUUGAUUUACCAGAAAAUACUUGUUGUAUAUUAGAAAAUUAUAGACUCUGCCAUUUCCAUAAUCCUAAUUUUCUACGAUUUUCUGAGGAAUUGCAACGUGAGUUGAAGGAAACCAAGAAAGAUGAUAACAAACAUAAAUUUCUUAGCAAAACUGUUGAUUCACUUUUGCCUGAUAAGUAUAUUUCAUGUGUAAGACAAUUGCUGUUAGAAGGUAUAACUCCAUUUCCGUAUAAGGUUGCAAAGGCCCUUGAUCCGAAUAUGUACAGAAACAUAGAAUUUGAUGCGUGGAAUGAAGCUCGCAAAGAACUUAAGCUUCAGAACUGGUACAAUGGUGAUUCAAAUUUUAAGUUGAUCAAAUAUGAAAAAAGAAGAUUGCGCCGAAUCUUGCAGGUUGGUGCCAAGUGCCAUGUUAAAUUACAAAAAUCUGAAAAUGAUCUUUAUACCUGCCACAUUCAGGAGAUCGCUAUGGAAAAAGGAUAUUGUGUGGUUUUUAUUGAACAAUUAGGCGAAAAAAGACUUGUCCCUUAUGAUUCCUUGAAACCAUUGCCAGCUGACCAAUUUAAACCAUGGUCACUGCCCUAUCAUCUACAACGCCAUAUUCAAAAAUGCAACACUUAUCGCUAUUCUCGGCAAUUCAAUUAUCGGUUCAAAGUUGACCAACAAUUUACCUCGCAGUACUGCUUGUCGAAUUUGAAGUCCUGCGAUGACUAUUAUGAUGAUCCUAAGUUGAAGCAGCAGGACUGUAUAUACAAAUUGAAUCAAUUUACCCACUUGGAGAAUUUUCAAACUCAAACCAUGGAGUAUUGUACGAUGCCAUUGACGGUAGAACAUUCGCGGGACAACAUGACCGAUAGCAAAUUAUCGCACAGGAAUGAAUCUUCUAGAGCCCAGUCGCGUUGUUCAGACGUUCCAAGAACCGAUUGUGCUGGCGAUAAUGGUGGUGUUGUGUUUGAAAAUAAUGGCGAUCAACAAGAUGUAUCGCCAGAUGGGCAACAGGCGUAUGCAGCUGGAGCAGCAUACACUGAUGAAUAUUUCAGCUAUGGUUUCGAUCCGAGUAUCAUUCAAACCGGGCCACAGGCUUUGAUCCCAAAUGGAGGAGCUCCAUUGUACUACAUGUAUAACCCUGCGUAUCCUCCUGCAGGCGGAAUGUAUAUGCCGGCGCCACCACCACCCCAAAUGAUUGCAUCCACACAAGGUCAUGUUGGCUUUUGUCCACAAUACUACCAAGUGCCACCAGGGGGUGGUAGUGGUAGCUACAACGGCAGUCCAUCGAUUCAACGACGUGGACAAUCGAACACCACCCCACUGACUGGACGUAUUAAUUUUGAUGUAAAGAAAUCAGUCAAGGCAAAUGGUUCAGAUUUACCAGUUGAUGUGGCUACUCUAAGAUAUUUCUUCAAUUUGGGCUUGGAAUAUCACCAAAAACUUUAUCGAAAUUCAGAUUUGCCAAUUGACUCGAAGGAAGGAAUUGUAAAGGUGUCUCCCGAAGUGCAGUUACCAAAACUAGAUGAAAAUGGGAACGAUAUUGGUAUAAAACCUGAUCCGAACAACAAUACUAAUUCCUCGAAAAAUAAUAAUAACAACAAUACAAACACAAACAACUAUUCAGGACAAAAUAAACAAAACAAUGGUCAGCGUAGGUUCCCUUCGCGAUAUUUCAACAACAAAGAACGCCAUAACUAUCGAUCGGCUCCACAAAAUAAUCGUUAUCAUCAAAAUGAAUACAACAAUUCUAAUGGUGGCGGCAACAAGGGCCACAAGCCCAAUCCAAACUAUUUAUCAGCUCCUGGAACCAACAAUUCUACUCCGAACUCACGAAACACUCAAUCGUCCUCCAAUAACAACCCUCGGCCUGGAAGUGCUGGAAAUGGAAAUGCAAUUUCGACAAAUGAACUUGUAGGCCAAACUUCGCCAAUGAUAAGUUUCGGUACAGUCGAAAAUUGUGAAUUGGUGCAGACGCCAACAACAUAUAAUUCUAACGGGCAAAUACUAACGUCGUAUGUUGGCCCAUAUGUGCAAGAAUACGACCAACAGCAACCACCACAAGGAGCACCACAAUCAUCAGGCCUUUACAUGCCAAUGCCAGUUGGACCAUCACCAUAUGGAAUUUAUACAGCAGGCCCAACUAUUGGAACUACUCCUGUUGCUAUGCAUUCAGCAGGUGCAUUCCCGUAUUUGAGUGGACCACCACCUACUGGUAUUCCGAUGCAUUCGCCAGGACAUUCGGGCAUUUCGCCAGCUCAAAUGGGACCAACUUAUUAUGCCACUACAACGAGUGCCGAAUCGGGUGGACCUGCUUUGAUUGAUGCCGCUGCCGUCGAUCCAAAUCAUUAUCCCUGUGUUGGUUAUCCACCACCAGUACAGUUUUAUUAUUCUCCAACUAAUGGAGUACCACCUUCUAACAAUCAACCUGUAGGAUCUCCUGGCCUUGGUCCACAGGGAUACUGGUGUAUGCCACCACCAAUUCAAACUCAUCCUUCGCCGCAACCACAGGCGGUAACUAUGUUGGCUUCCUGCAACCAACCUACAGGUAAUCGACGAGACAAUCAAUCAAAAUCUCAAAAUUCCUCUGGAGAUCAGUAAAGCACAAAAAACAAAACAACACAACACUACAUUUCAAUUAUGUAUAUUCUAUAAAAUAUGAUUGACAUCCAUUUAUAGUUUUUAUACAUUUAUUAUCGAUUAUAUUUUUUCAUUAAUUUAUCUCCCUCAAACAAAAAUAGUACCAACACAAUGAUUAUCAAUCUUAGCACUUACAUACAAUUUAAAGACCACUUCUAUUUAAUUGUGUUUUUCUUAGUAAUCUAUUUCAAAUGUUUUAAAUUUUUAUAGAUUCUUUUUAAGACGAAAAAAAAAAUAAGUGAUGCGACUUUAAAUUGUUUGUAAUACGUUAGUUCUUUUUUUAGAAAAUAUUUUUAAAAUAUACAUUUAAAACAUGAUAGUCCUUAAUUGUCUUACACUGGUUGUAAGGUGUUAUCGAAUACUCUCGAUGUUUUCAUUCAAACAAAACAACAUUCCAACGUACACAAAAAUAUAUAUUUUCAAAUAUUUAAUAAAAUAUUUUACUUAUCCAUUAUUUUUUUUUUCAAACAAAAACAAUCUUACAAUUAAGUUUACCAUAAUUAAUUUAUAUAAAUAAUAUCAUUAAAACUUUAUAAACUUAGAUUAGUUUUAGUUUACUUAGCUUUUAUCUAUUGAACAUUGUUUUAAUUAUAUAUACAAAAAAAAAACCUAAAAAAAUG